AUGAAAAAGACGAACUCACUUCGAACAGCGGCAGCGAUAUCCAAAAAAGGUCCUCCUAGCAUUCCCCUCGGGCCUUCUCCACCCAUGUUACUCGUAAACAAGGCAGCCCUUGCUGCUGCUGCAAAUCCUCUGCGACCAACUCCUGCCAUACCGGCUUCUCCUCCAAUCUUCGUAUCCGGUUCAGGCAAAGGCGGACUUAAAGGCGGGCCAUUGAGACUAGGAGCAGGGGAGUACGUAGUCCGGGGAGGACCUACGAUACUACCAGAGCCAGAUGCGAAUGGUGUUCUCCCUGGAAGAAGACUGUUCGGUAAUCGAGGAGACAUAGGAGCGUUUGGUACCGGUGAACCACGAUUCAUCGGUGCCCCCGAUCCUCGUAUAUUCGCGUUCAUACCAGGCAUAGAUGUAGAUGAUGAGAAGGAUGGCCUAGGUAGUGGCCCAGUUAAAGUAGAAGGUGCUGAUGAUGAGGUGGUCAUUGACGCUAUCAUGGUGGAUGUUGUGGCAGGAUUGAACGAUGAUGACAGAGGUGAUAAAGAAGACAUGACUUCGUCACUUCGACCGGAUGAUAUGAAAGACGGUCUAUUUGUACCAACGGAUGAUACGGUAUCCCUAUUUCUAUUUCCAGAAGUUGUCGAAGAAUUCAUUGUAUCCCUCGUCGUAUCCCUGUCGUCACUCGAGCCGGACCUCGCCGAGCUAGAACUCAUCACGGAGGUUGCGGCAGAUCUAAUGCUCGACACCGAGGGUGCACCAGCUUUAUGCGGCCCCGUCUUAUUUCUCAACGGCGAAGUACCAGGAAUGUUGCCGCUAGAAGAGGGGCCCUUCUGGGAAAAAUAA